ACAACACAAAAGCUAAAGUUUAAAGAAACGAACCAUCCUCGACAGUUCCAACUUCCAGAUUUUCCUUUUUAAACUUUAAUUUUGGUUCCUUUCUUUACAAUUUUUUUGGUAUAAUUUUGUUGUUGUUGUACUUCUUCAGAAUGCUUUGUAUCCAAGCCACUCUGUCUGUGACAUAGAAUCAUUUACCUAAUUGCUAAUUCUUUUUUCUCUCUCCUAUCCUUUUUUUUUUCUAUUUUUAUGUUUUUGUCACUUACCUUGAUUAUUCAAUAACUGCAAAACAAGAAAACAAACAAAACAAAUCUAUAAAUUGGUUGCAGAAUUUUCCAAUUUUGCGGGACUAAGUAAAUUUCCGUGGUGUUUCCUCUGUUUUUCAGGAGAGAAAAAAAGAUGGAUUUAACAUUUUAAGAAUUGAGAAUUUGGGGUUGUGAGUUUUUGCAAUGGUAGCAUUGUCAUCAAUGGAAGAAACACCAUUUCCAGCUUGGUCAUGGUCAGUUGACAAAUGCUUAAAAGAGUACAAUGUCAAACUAGACAAGGGUUUGAGCAGUUAUGAAGUGGAAAAGAGAAGAGAUAAGCAUGGAUGGAAUGAAUUAGACAAGGAAAAAGGGAAACCUUUAUGGCAUCUUGUGUUAGAACAAUUUGAUGAUAUGCUUGUAAAAAUACUAAUAAUAGCAGCUUUUAUAUCAUUCAUACUUGCUUAUAUCCAUGGCCGGGAAUCUGGGGAAUCCGGUUUUGAAGCAUAUGUUGAACCCUUUGUUAUUGUGUUGAUCCUUGUUCUUAAUGCCAUUGUUGGUGUAUGGCAAGAAACUAAUGCCGAAAAAGCCCUUGAAGCACUCAAGGAUUUACAGUGUGAGUCUGCUAAGGUUAUUAGAGACGGUUACCUUGUCCCGGACUUACCUUCAAGGGAGUUGAUACCAGGUGACAUUGUUGAAUUACGAGUUGGUGAUAAAGUUCCAGCUGAUAUGAGAGUUGCGGUUCUGAAAACUUCGACUUUGAGAGUCGAACAAAGCUCGUUAACUGGUGAAUCAAUGCCUGUUUUGAAGUGCACUUUGCCUGUUUUUCAAGAUGAUUGUGAGUUACAGGCAAAAGAGAACAUGCUUUUUGCAGGGACAACGGUUGCUAAUGGUGCUUGUCUUUGCAUUGUUGUUGAUACUGGGAUGAAUACCGAGAUUGGGAAGAUUCAGACUCAAAUUCACGAGGCUUCAUUAGAUGAAAGCGAGACUCCUUUAAAGAAGAAGCUUGAUGAAUUUGGUAGUAGGCUUACUACAUUUAUUGGAAUUGUUUGCCUUCUUGUUUGGGUUAUUAACUACAAAUACUUCCUUUCUUGGGAUGUUGUUAAUGGUUGGCCUACAAAUUUUCAAUUCUCUUUCGAGAAGUGUACUUACUAUUUUAAGAUAGCAGUUGCACUUGCAGUAGCUGCUAUCCCUGAAGGGUUACCUGCAGUUAUUACAACUUGUUUGGCUUUAGGCACAAGGAAGAUGGCACAAAAGAACGCCAUUGUUCGAAAGCUACCAAGUGUGGAAACGUUAGGGUGUACGACUGUCAUUUGUUCGGAUAAAACAGGCACUCUGACAACCAACCAGAUGGCUGUGACCGAGUUCUUUACUCUGGGAGGGAAAACUACAACUUCCCGCGUUUUUAAAGUUGAUGGUACUACGUAUGAUCCUAAGGAUGGUGGGAUAGUGGAUUGGAGUUGCUAUAAUAUGGACGCGAACCUUCAAGCUGUGGCAGAAAUAUCUGCUGUCUGUAAUGAUGCAGGGAUUUUCUGCAAUGGCCGUGCAUAUCAAGCUACCGGUUUGCCUACUGAAGCAGCUCUUAAAGUUUUAGUUGAGAAGAUGGGUGUUCCUGAUGCUAAGGUCAGGAACAAAAUCCGCGACAUGCAGCUUGCUGCUAAUUAUAUGAUUGACCGUACCACCAUCAAACUAGUUUGCUGCGACUGGUGGGCAAAGAGGGCAAAGAGGUUGGCCACACUUGAGUUUGACAGAUUUCGCAAGUCUAUGAGUGUCAUCGUUCAGGAGCCAACUGGGCACAACCGUCUACUGGUUAAGGGUGCUGUUGAGAGUUUAUUGGAGCGCACUUCACAUGUUCAACUAGCAGAUGGAUCAAUUUGUCCAAUCGAUGAAUCCUGCAAGCAAUUGUUGUUGAUGAGACAGCUUGAGAUGAGCUCAAAGGGAUUAAGAUGUCUGGGAUUAGCAUACAAGGAUGACUUGGAUGAGCUUUCUGAUUACUCCAAUGAAAGUCAUCCAGCCCAUAAGAAGCUCCUUGAUCCCGCUUGCUACCCAGAAAUUGAGAGCGACCUUGUUUUUGUUGGGGUGGUUGGUAUAAUGGAUCCACCUCGCGAGGAAGUGCAACAAGCGAUGGGUGAUUGUAGACAAGCAGGGAUCAAAGUGAUCGUGAUUACUGGAGACAACAAGUCAACAGCUGAGUCCAUCAGUCAAGAAAUUCAGUUGUUUGGUAACAGUGAAGAGCUAAAGGGAAGAAGCUUCACUGGCAGAGAAUUCAUGGGAUUUUCCUCUUCAGAACAGAUUGAAAUUUUGUCUAGACCUGGAGGCAAGGUUUUCUCUCGCGCUGAACCCAAACACAAGCAAGAAAUUGUUAGGAUGCUUAAGGAUAUGGGAGAAAUUGUUGCUAUGACUGGAGAUGGUGUCAAUGAUGCUCCUGCUCUCAAACUCGCUGACAUUGGCAUUGCAAUGGGCAUUUCUGGAACUGAGGUGGCAAAAGAAGCUGCAGAUAUGAUUUUGGCCGAUGACAACUUCAGUAGCAUAGUUUCCGCUGUUGCUGAGGGUCGCUCAAUUUAUAACAACAUGAAAGCUUUCAUUAGGUACAUGAUAUCAUCAAAUGUAGGGGAGGUCAUAUCUAUAUUCUUGACCGCGGCACUUGGUAUUCCAGAAUGUAUGAUACCUGUGCAGCUUUUGUGGGUGAAUUUGGUCACCGAUGGCCCACCUGCAACCGCCCUAGGUUUCAACCCUGCAGAUGUAGACAUCAUGCAGAAACCACCCCGUAAAAGCAAUGAUGCUCUUAUCAAUUCCUGGGUUCUCUUCCGAUACCUGGUGAUUGGUUCCUAUGUUGGGGUGGCAACAGUCGGAAUCUUUGUCUUAUGGUUUACUCAACCUUCUUUUCUGGGUAUCAAUCUCAUAAGCGAUGGCCACACACUCGUACACUUAUCUCAGCUCCAAAACUGGGGAGAGUGCUCUUCAUGGUCGAACUUCACUGCUUCCCCAUUCACAGUUGCAGGAGGGAACAUCAUAAGCUUCACAAAUCCAUGCGACUAUUUUACUGUUGGUAAAGUGAAGGCAAUGACACUAUCACUUUCUGUUUUAGUGGCAAUAGAAAUGUUCAAUUCCCUAAAUGCCCUCUCGGAAGACAACAGUCUGAUCACAAUGCCGCCAUGGAGAAACCCUUGGUUGUUGAUUGCCAUGUCUCUCUCUUUCGGGCUUCACUGUCUUAUAAUGUAUGUUCCUAUACUGGCAAAUGUGUUUGGGAUUGUUCCAUUGAGUUCUUCUGAGUGGUUAUUGGUCAUCAUUGUUUCGGCUCCUGUGAUCCUUCUCGAUGAAAUUCUCAAGUUAAUAGGAAGGAGUAGAAGAAAGAUGAUGACAAAGAAGUUGAAGGUGAAGGCAAUGUAGAAAAAGUCUGCUGUUCUAGGAACUUAACUGAUGGAGUGGAUAUGAAAAGCAAUGGCAUGAUAUAUAUAACUUUGUUUUUCCAUAUGAUUAUAGCAUAUGGUUUAGAGUUAGACUCAGUUGUAAUUGUCCAUGUACAUUAUAACAACAAAGGAAUGUGGUUUUUCUUUUUC